AUGUCCUCUGCUCAUGAUGCCGCCACCAAGAUCUCCAUUGACAAGUUCGACGGCGACAACUACGCGACAUGGAGCCGCUACAUGCGUGGCGUGUUCCUGACCAAGUCGACGUGGCACGUGGUGAACCGGGAGACGUCACCGACCUACGCAGACGAUCGCGCCAUGGACGACUACGUCAAGGCCAACAACGUCGCUUUCGGAUUGAUGUUGCUGCACAUGGACGCAGACUACCAUCACAUCGUCGAUGACUGUGAAGAGGCGUGGGUCGCGUGGGCGCGUUUGAAGACACUGUACGGCGGAUCUCAGAAGGCUGGGCACAUCUACUUGAAGCGCCAGCUCUUCAGUAUGGAGAUGGCGGAAGGCGGCAAUGUGUUGCAUCAUUGCAAUGAGGUCCUCAACAUCAGCGCAAAGCUGGCUAGCAUCGGCGCCAAGAUAGCUUCGAUUGCGGGCGUCGUGAGAGUGCUCACGAAUGAGCACAUCAAGAGACAAGGUGACAAGACGACAUCGGUGAAGACUGAGGACGCGGCGAAGGCGUUCAGUGCCGAGCGUGAACCUCGCCAGUGUACAUACUGCGGAAAUUGGGGCACACGGCGGAGCGGUGCUGGACCAAGCAGAAGGACGAAAAUCAAGGUGGAGCUCGACGCGGCGGCAACAAUGCUCGUGGACGCGGAGCCAACAACGUUCAGUGGUGAACUAACAGCAACUACGACGACAACUACGAUCGAGUUGCUCGACAGCGGUGCGACGCAUCACAUCUGCAACGACAAGGCUAAGUUUGCAAGCCUGAAUGAGCGAGAGGAAGGCGAACUAUCAGUGGCUGAUGGCAGCAAGGCUGCGAUCAAGGGUGUGGGAACCAUCAUGGAACGGGUGGUUCUGCCCAAUGGUGACGAACGCGACAUCGAGAUCAAGGACGCACUGUUCGUACCAAGUAUGAGCAAGAAUCUGCUUUCGGUGCCACAGAUCAACAAGGGUGGCAGGUUCCAAGUCGUGUUCGAUGGAUCCAAGAUGCAAGUGAAGCGCAAGAAUUCCACACAAGUCGUGGCAACAGCGGAUCUCGUCGAUGGACUUUACUGGCUGCGGACUACUCAACGAUCGGCGAAUGCAGCAACACGCAAUGGGACUAUCGACUUGCAUGCGCGCAUGGGUCAUGCACCCCUCGAAGUUCUGCGCAAGAUGGUGGCCACCGGCAUGAUCAAGGACGCCAAGGCACCUCUCAACUCGACUGGUCCAAGUGUGUGUCGCAGUUGCCAGCAAGGAAAGAUGGUCCAAAAAUCAUUCCCAACCAACCGUGACAAACGCCAAUAUGGUGUGUUCGAGUUGCUGCACUUUGACACCUGCGGGCCAAUGGAACAAGUCUCGAUCGGCGGCAGCAGAUACUUACUGCUUGUGGUUGACGAAGCCAGCGGUUGCAUGAAGGGCUUCUGUCUGCGGUCCAAUUCUGAGAGUGAAGUCUGUAUCAAGAACCACAUUAUCAAGAUUCAGAAUCAGUUCGGCACGAAGAUCAAGUUUGUUCGGCACGAUGGAGCGCAUGAGUUUGCGACCAACUCGAUCAAGACCUUCUACGAAGAUCAUGGUAUCGAACAACAGGUCACGGUGCCGUAUGCACACCAGACCAACGGCACCGCAGAACGCGCGAUAAGGACCAUCGUCACGAUCGGACGGAGCUUGUUGCAUCAUGCAAAGCUGGAGAAGCGUUUCUGGGCUGAAGCGGCAAUGACGGCGAUCUACAUCAAGAACCGCCUGCCUUCACCCAAGAUCGACCACGAGACUCCGUUCGAGAUCGUGUACAAGUCGAAACCAAGUGUCAAGUACAUGCGCGUGUUUGGAUGUCGGGCGUUUAUCCUGACCCCAAGGGAGAAGCGAUUGAAGUGGGACCCGAAGGCUCGUGAAGUGAUGUUCAUGGGCUACGAAGAAGCGUCAAAAGCUUAUCGAGUGUACGACAUUGAGGCGGGCCAAGUGGUGAUCAGUCGUGACAUCACCUUCGACGAAUCGACUUUUGACUUUUCGAUGGACCGACCAAGUGACGAUGAUGAAGAUGCGGAGUUGGACCUCGACCUCCUAGCGAUCAACGAGGACGACGUGCGUCAAACCGUCUACAAGCAGACUGGCAAGCGCAAGGGUGAAGCAAGACCCGGCAUGUCACGUUCAGCUCGCCCUCGAACUGGGUUGGAACAAGCAAGUGCGCCGGAACACGUCUCCAACCGUCACCAGAUACGACAAUCAAGUGCUCCAGAAACGAUGUCUGAUGACGAAGAAGAUGCGAGCGUCUACAAUCAAGAUGACGCCUCGACGCCUCCAACAUUUUGGCGUGCCAGUGCAAACGCAGUGGAAGCAACGGACCUAGCAGAACCUGUGACUUUUCAAGACGCGAUCAAUGGUCCUGAUCAAGCUCACUGGCGAAAUGCUGUGAAGGCGGAACUCAAGUCGAUGCAUCUUCGUGGAGUUUUCCGUGCGGCAAAACUGCCAAGAGGCCAAGGCGCGAUAGGCACCAAGUGGGUGUUCAAGAUCAAGCGCAAAGCGGAUGGAUCGGUCGAGAAAUACAAGGCGCGUCUCGUUGCCAAGGGCUUCAAGCAGAAGUACGACAUCGACUACACAGAGACGUUCUCGCCCGUGGUCAAGUACGUGACACUGCGUAUGGUGAUCGCGAUCACCAAGUAUUUCGACUGGCCACUGGACCAAGUCGAUGUGGUGACAGCCUUUCUCUACGGAGUGAUGAAGGAGAAGGUGUACUGCGUGAUACCAGAAGACUUCGAGAUGGAUGGCGACUUCGACUGUCUCGAGUUGGUGAAGGCGAUCUACGGUCUCAAGAAAGCUUCACGUGUGUGGAACGAGACUUUCGACGAGUUCGUAUGCUUUAUCGGUUUCGAAGUGUCGGCGUUCGACCCAUGUCUCUACAUCAAGGUUGUCGACGGUCACUGUGUGCUCGUGCUGGUCUACGUGGAUGACGUGUUGGUCACCGGCAGCUCGCUCGAGUUGAUUGCGCAGACGAAGGCCGACCUCAAGACGCGUUUCGAGAUGACCGACAGUGGCAAGUGUACUUUUGUACUGGGCAUCGAACAGGUGGACGAACCGUAUGGCAGCGUGACGAUGUGCCAGCGACGGUAUUUCAACGACAUCCUCAAGCGCUUCGGCAUGGAUGAGUGCAAGGCCACAGCAAGUCCGGUCGACUUGAGCACUCGGCUUGUCGCAAGCAGCGAAGCGGCCAAGAUCGACGUUCCGUUUCGUGAAGCUGUGGGAGCUUUGAUGCACUUGACGACUGCGACGCGCCCGGACAUUGCGUAUGCUGUGGGGUACGUCUCGCGCUUCAUGGAGAAUCCGCAGCAAGAAUAUUGGACGGCGGUGAAGCGCAUCUUUCGUUACCUGCAAGGGACCAAGUCGCACGGACUCCGCUUCCAGCCAAGCGACAAGAUCGACUUUCGUGGCUAG